AUGCCUCCGCAAAACAAAUCCAGGAAAUUACAUGGAGAGGCUGCUGAUUUUUUUGGUCAAUUAUUCUUCUUCUUUGAUGCAAAGCUAGACGAUGAUGUCGACAUACUUUGUCAAGUAUGUGGCAUGCUUCUACAGUAUGUUAAAUGUGAUGCAGGAGGUCUUGUCAGUCUUUUUGCAACCGUGGAUUACUCUGAAGUGGGACCUUCAGUGAUCAUCAGAGUGAGGAAAUUUUUACACAUGUGUAUUGAUGCUCUCUAUGUCAAGAGGUUUCAGUUGGUUAACCAACCUGAGGCAUCAUCAGAGAGUGAUCUCAUGCCUUUUGUCCAAUUACUUAGAACAGCGAUAUGCUUACUGAGUCACAAGCUUCCAUGGAACUGUGAAGUAAUUGGAUAUCUCCAUCAGAAAAAGGUCUUCUGCUUAUUUCGGGAGAUCAUCAUGGUUGUCGUGCAAAAUGAACGGCAAUUGAAGCAUCGUGAUUUUCUGUCUGCACUUUAUGAAGUUCUUGCACUUGUUGCUUCACAUGUUGGCAACCAUCCAUGUUCUUGUGUACUUUUGGAUCCAAAAUGGAGCUUUUCCUCGCAGAUUCUUACCAUUCCUUUUCUAUGUCAUCGGUUGCCAGAGUUUAUGAAGGUUUUAUCUGCUGAUGAAUUCAAAACAGAGUAUAUGUAUCAGAUAGCUUGCGCUGACGUUCUUCCAAACGACACAUUGGCUAACCAUCCUGGACAAGCAUAUGUACUUUCAAAUGUACUUGACAUUGCGACUUUGAUUUUCUCUGAAUCAGGCUUCGAUUCUGACAGAGCAGCUGGAAUCAUUAAUUUUUGUACCUCAUUGCUUGAUGCGUUCCCAAAAAUUGCAUCAUCUAUUCAAAGUACACAUGUUGAUGGUGCAAUGCCCAUUGAAGCUGAUGAUUUCAACCACCUUGAUGUUGAUCUGCAAAGACACAUAUUGACAUCGGUUGAAUGUUUGGUGAAUGGUGUACUUAGUGGUAUAUCGAGCACAGGUUCUUCUGAUACAGCUGGCCCUUCAAGUGCUAAACUGCAAUUAGUAGGACCUAUCAGUGCUUUUCUUCAUGGCAUGUUAAGCACAGGUUUUGUUGAGGGGAUUAUGACUGUGUUGGUGUACAAUACUGAAAUUGUUCCUGCACUUUGGAACUAUAUAAAGAGCUGCUGCAAGAAUGAUAAACGGAAGUCUUUUCCUGAGCGGGAUACUCCUAGCUGGCUACUACCUUUGUCCAUUUUCUGCUCCAUGUAUAGCCAUAUCUUAGAGUUGGUGGAUAUUGCGGAGUUCAGAGAUUGUAAGAAACCUCUCUCUCUUUCUCUUGAGGAGUUGAAGUCUCUUGUUUCCAUUUUGAAGGAGGCUUUGUGGGAACUUCUGUGGACCAUUCCUGUACAAACCUCUACUUUACAGACAUCACCCACCCCAGGUAGUAAGACAUUGUUGACUGAGAGUCUUAAGCACAGUGCUAGGACUGGACUAUGUGAACUAUUUACAAAGUUGGAGGACUGGAAUAUCAGAAAUUCAUUUGUUGAUGCUAGUGAGUUUUGUUCUAAAGAAGAUUUUAGCGACGAAUUUGUGCUUCAGGCAUCUAUUGCGGGGACUCGUGAAUCAGAAAUUAUAAGACUUGCUCCGUUGUUGGUGCCGUUUGACAUUAGACUCAAAAUUUUCAGUCAAUAUUUGGUAUUCGAUCAGGCACACAUGGCCGACUUUAGACAAGUUCCUGCGCCUCGUACCUUAGAAAUCAGAAGAAACCAAUUACUGGAAGAUGCUAUUCACAAUAUAAGCCUUUUAUCUGUAGAAGAUCUUAAAGGAACGAUUCAAGUGGUUUUCUUUGAUGAGCAUGGCAUGAGGGAAGCUGGAGUUGAUGGUGGUGGUAUUUUUCGUGAUUUCAUGAAUACCACGACUAAGACUGCUUUCGAUGCACGGGCUGGUUUGUUCAUGGAAACAGAUGAUCAUUUAUUAUAUCCAAACCCCGAGUCAAUAUCGACUGCUGGCGAACAUCAUCUUCAGAAGUUUCAUUCUCUCGGAGUUCUACUCGGGAAGGCCAUAUAUGAGAGGGUACCUGUUGACCUGUCAUUUGCAAUAUUCUUUUUAAGGAAGUUGAAAGAGAAGCCUACAUUCUUUAAUGAUCUUUUCUCACUGGAUCCAGUAUAUUAUGACAAUCUAUGUGGUAUGAAGAAGAAUCCGGGGCUUUGGUUGGAUUUUCCAAACCUGCUUCCUGGUGUUGGAGAGAUUGAUGUUAACAAUGAUAAUGUUAUUACAUAUAUGCAUCUUCGUGCCAACGAGAAGUUAAAUUUUCAGGCCUGUAUUCAAACUGCACAGUUUUUGAGAGGUCUUCAACAAUUGAUACCUAAAAAAUGGAUCGAUAUGUUCAAUGAACAUGAAUUUCAGCUUCUCAUAUCUGGCCCUCCGUGCUUGAAUUUAGAAGACUUGCUCUUGAACACGAAAUAUGGUGGGGAAUAUCACGAGGAUCAUGAGGUUAUUGUUAUGUUUUGGAAUGUCUUAAGGAGGUUCAGCCAGAAUGAACAAAAGCAGUUUCUCUUUUAUGUUAUUCCUGGCACAGACGAUACAGGCCGUCUGCCUAGAGCACAUACAUGCUUUAAUGAGUUGAUGCUUCCUCCAUAUCAGAUAAAAGAACAGAUGCGAGACAGGUUGUCAGUGGCUAUAUCUGCGAAUGCUGGUUUUGAUCUCAUGUGA